AUGAUUGGGUAUCCCACCAAUGCUCCGCCUCUGACAGAUGUGGUGAUUGCGAUUGGCGUUGUUCUCCUCGCUGGUUCUGUUCUUCGAUUCACGUUUGCAGUGGGAUCUAAGCUGCCACUGAUCAAUCAGAGAUCCGUCUUUGAUUUUGGGGUCAAAUCUCGUCGCAGCUAUGUUGCUGGUGCUGCGGACCUUAUCAAGGCCGGAUUUGCUCAAUCUGCCAAGGGAUUUCGACUGAUCACAGACAAUGGAUGUCAAGUCGUGCUGCCGCCGAAGUAUCUCAACGAGAUUCGAAACCAUCCCGAGAUGAGCCGGGACAAAGCAUCGGCCAAGGAGUUGCAUUCUCAUCUUCCGGGAUUCGAACCAUUUCGUGAAGGAUCGAAGGAUGAGCGAAUCAUGCACGACGUGGUCCUCACAAAGUUGACACGCACCUUGGGGCGCGUCACAGAGCAUCUCUCGAAGGAAACAGCUAUGGCUGUGCAGAAGCACUGGACCGAUGAGAAGGAAUGGCACGCCAUACCUCUCCGAACCACAAUCACUCCCAUGCUGGCACAGAUGUCCUCCCGGGUGUUCUUAGGCGAGCUGCUGUGCCGAGACCCUAACUGGCUUCAUAUCACGAUCAACUACGCCGUCCAUGUCAUCCGCGCGACCGAACAGCUACGGCAAUGGCCCAAGCCGCUCCGACCUUUGGUCAAUUGGGUGCUCCCUUCAUGCCGUAUGAUUCGGUCGGACAUGAAGCAAGCGCUAGCUCUAAUCACACCCAUCCUGAACGAACGAAGGGCAAACAGAGCUGCUGCUCUUGCGGCUGACGAAGCCCCAACUCAAUACAAUGAUGCUAUUGAUUGGAUGGAAGAUGUUGCCAAAGGUCGCCCAUACAACCCAGCCAUCUCACAGCUCCUACUUUCCAUGGCUGCUAUUCAUACCUCGGCAGACAUGUUGACACAAAUUCUAUUUGAUCUCGCUUCCCAACCGGAUAUCAUCAAAGCUCUGCGAGAAGAGAUCAUUACCGUCACUCGCGAGAAUGGUUGGAGCAAGAUUUCCCUUUAUAAGUUGGUCCUCAUGGACAGCACCAUCAAGGAGAGUCAAAGGUUGAAGCCUGUCGCUAUCACUCCAAUGCGUCGUCUUACUACCGCCGACGUUGAGUUAUCCGACGGGGUCUUCGUCCCCAAAGAUACCACCAUUUUGAUCUCCGCGGAUAGUAUGUGGGACGAGAAAAAUUAUGAAAACCCGCAGGAAUUUGAUGCUUAUCGCUUUCUGAAAAUGCGUGAUGUCCCCGGCCAACAGACAGCCGCUCAGUUGGUGGCGCCCUCUCCGAUCCACUUGGGCUGGGGCUUCGGGCAGCAUGCCUGUCCCGGAAGGUUCUUUGCCGCGAACGAAAUGAAGAUCGCUCUCUGUCAGAUCCUCAUGAAGUACGAUAUCAAGCUCGAUGAAGCAUGUCCUCCACAAGUCAGGCGAUUUGGCGUAUCCAUGACUGCUGACUCGGGCGCGAAUCUGGUGAUUCGGAGACGGCAGGAGGAGUUGUCCCCGGAAGACUUGGGUUGUCAAGCAUGA